AUGCAUCGCCAGUGCGCAGGGGUUCCAACUGCAUUGAAGAAUGCAUUGGAAAAUGGCUCCAUCUCAGAGCUUCUUGAAGACGUCCGAAACACUGUGCGACGUGUAAGUGGGCGUCUGUUCUUUCAAGAUGAGGCUGAGGAGGUGACUGCAACCGAUGAGGAGCCGGAUACCCACACAGCCAGUGCCAGCAGCAGUCACGCUCCUGCUGGUGGUUUGGACCUGGAGGCUGAUCGCGUACCCACAUGGGCAAAGAAGACAGCUGAACCAAUGACCAAAUACAUGUUCUUGGACGAGGGUGGCGACAAAGGACUUGGGCAGAUGAACAUUGUCGUGAUUUUAACGAUGGUCAUAGCAUUUCGUAUUCCACCGGCACUUUUAGCCUCUGUACAGGCCGUCAAAGCAGAGGAACUUGAACUUUCGUCCUUCAGCGAUGUAUAUGCGAAGUUUGAGGUUCCAGCAGCUGAGAAGCACGAGCAGAGCUUCUCGUUGCUGGUGCUUUCAGAUGGACGGGUCUGGCGCUUGCAAGGGCGGCUCUUUGGACCUGUCCGUGCAGAGGAGUGCAGCACCUCGUUGUCUCCAUCUGGGCACAAAGUAGUGGUGACACUACGAAAAACAGAUGCAAAGAUGAAGUGGCACCGACUCAUCGAAAGCACCGGCACUUAG